GAUCAUCAAGUCAAGCGAAACAACAAAUUCGGAAGUACGUUUCAGCAAGACUUACUUCGCUUGUACUUGAGCUAGUUGAGGUCAACCACAUCACAUGAUGCUCCUUGUUUACGACAUUCGCCACGCUCUGCAACUACAGGCCGGGAAACUCACACGAUCCUCCGUACAUGGUUUCCAAUGGAGGAACAAGCCAAAACCAGUGUACAACUCUCUCGAGUAUAUAAAGAAGCAUUCAACUUGAUCUUGCUAAGUGCACGAUCUCUCUCACCGGAGUCAAGUGAACAGCCAGCUCUAAUAUCCGAAAGCCGUAGUGCUCUCAAAAUCUACCGCUCUAUAUCUUUAAGGAAUCAUGGUCACAAUGAAGCUGGUCGUUGUCCUUAUGAUGACAACCGUCGUUGCCGUCGGUGCACGUGAUCCCGAGCUCACAACCGACUUUGCCGUCCCAGUAGGAAUGAACGCUUCCAUGAUCACUGGAGAUUUCUUCAAGUUCACAGGCCUCAGAGACUUCUCCGCUGCUCCAAGCACCUUCGGCUCCAAGAAGGUUACCCAUAUCGAAUUCCCCGCUCUCACUGGACUCGGCGUCGGUGUCACUCUCCUCGAGUACAAGCCCAACACUCUGAACCCACCCCACACUCACCCCCGUGGAUCAGAGCUCAUCUACGUCUUGGCCGGACACUUGGACGUCGGCCUCAUCGACUCUGCCAACAAGCUGUACUCUGCCCAUCUCCAUGAGGGUGACUUGUUCGUGUUCCCUCAGAAUCUUGUCCACUUCCAGAUCAACAUGUCCAAGAAGAAGACUGUUCGCGCCAUCUCUGCUUUCGGUAGCUCCAACGCCGGCACCAUUUCCUUGCCCAGGAACAUCUUCGGUUCUGGAAUUGAGGACGAGGUUCUCCUCAAGGCUUUCAAAAUCACAUCCGCUGAGUUGAAGAAAUUGAAAGCUCCAUUCAUGCCGACCAUGUAAAAUCUAGAGCUGAAAGAACUGAAGUCUCCGGGAGGAUGAAGUACAUAGUGCAUGCUCAGUACUUUCCUAGACUGUGGUCAUCAGCUUGAUGCGGAUGUAGGACAUGUUCCCACCAGAAGAACUGUGCUCCCUGUAAUGGAGUUUUAAGUGAAUGUGGACGUGGAAAAUGCUAACAGGUAGUGUAGUGUUCCUUUUACCUCUGUCAAAUAUACAGACAGACUGAAUUCAAGGUACAAUUUUUCAACUUCGUUCAAAUUUUCUUAACAGCUUCCAUUUUACAAGGUCUUGAAAGCUGGUCUGGUAUUUGGAACACUUUAAAGCUGGAAUGUUCUGUUGUAUCCUUAUCGUGUUAUGCAAGUUACACAUAGCCAUAAUAUACUCCCUUGUUAU